GAGGAGGAUGGGUUGGGAGUGUGUGUGAGAGAGAGUGAGAGAGACUGUAAACUCGACUGAGUGGUGUCAGGAAUGGGACGCCUCCACGGCCUCUCUGAUUCCGCCUUCCGCUCGAUAAGCCAGUCCUUCCCGGAUCGUGAUUGGGAAUAUCUCGGAGCCGCAGUCCAGGCCUCCCUCUCAUCCCCAAAGCCAAACCAAAUCCUUACUGGGAGUGAGCUUGGGGCGAACGCCAGCGACUGAGAUGCGACCCGCACAAAGUCAGGGAUCAGACCAUUCCGGCUGGGAACUCGGAUGCCAUGCAGAAUGAAAGUGCGGCGCUACCUCUGGCUGGUGGUUCAGGCGAUUCAGCUGUACCACUGUGAGUCUGCCGCCAAAUGUAACAAUAUCACACAGUACUCAUUGUCUUCCCGCUGCUGUGCCAAGUGUCCACCGGGUACCUAUUUGAGCAGUAAAUGCACAAUACUGAAAGACACUGAGUGCAAGCCCUGUGAAGAGGGACUGUAUCAGUCAAAGUGGAACUUGGCUGAUCACUGUCAGCGGCACACAUACUGUGAUCCAAAUGGAGGAUUUGUGACCGAGUCGCCUGGCGACACCUUGACCAAUGCUGUGUGUUUGUGUGCGAUAGGGAAGCACUGCAUCAAUGAGGACUGUGAAAUGUGUGUGGAGGACAAGAUUUGUGAGCCUGGUUCUGGAGUAACUAAACCAGCGGAUCGCAAACACAAGGACACAGAGUGUGAGGAAUGUAAACAUGGUUAUUACUCAAAUGUCUCUUCGGCUGUAGAGCUCUGUUCGAAAUGGACAAAUUGUGGGUCACGCGGAGAGCUGAAACCAGGCAAUGCAACAAGUGAUGUGAAAUGUAAGCCUUGGCCUGUAGCAGUACCUGGUGAGACCCCAACGAUUGUGAUCAGUGUUAUUGUCACGGCUGCAUUGGUAGCUUUAGUUGCUGCCAUUGUCUACCACAGAGAUCACCUGAAGGGAAUGUUGAGGCGAUUCCACACACGGCUCAAGCAACCAAAACAUCGUGGCUUUGAAGAGGUUAAUGGUGCUGCUGCAAUCUUCCAGGAAACCAACUGGCAAUGUGGAGAGCAACUGCAAGAGGAGACAUCACUGCCAAUUCCCGAGACCUUGGCAGAAGAACAGAGCUUGAUCAUAGCUCAAGAAGAUGGCAAGGAGAGUCAUCUCCCAGAGCAAGAGCAGGCAUCUCUGCCAAAUAGCUAGCAAGCAUACUUGCCACCAGAUUGUGUAUUCAUUGCUGGAUGGGCUUUUGAGCCUGUCUGAAACACGUUGAACCCUGACCCUUGGCACUAAGUCAAUGAGAUGAUCUUUUCUCAGCCCACCCUGCCCCCUCUAUUUUUAAUGACUUGACUGUGUUGUGACAACUUGUGGUCAUGUUUAGUUGACGUGCUUGCAAACGCAUGUUUCCAAGGCAACCCUGCAGCUAGAUCCUCAUCUGUGUGUUCCAGGACCUGGGAAAAUAAGGCUGUCGUGCACCCACUGCAGUUGGGCAUGAGAAACCAGAACGACUCUUGGUGUUAAAAGAUGCAGUUCUGUGCUUCGCUUAACAAGAACAAAAAAGGGUGCUACAAUUAAAAAUGUUUAUCUGUGGAGAUAAGAAAGGUUUCCAGUGCAAUGCUGGGCCUGUGGUGAAGUUCGGUGAUCUCAGUCGGGUUGCAAAUAAGGAUGUUACAGCUUUUGUUAAUCAGUUAACUUACCACUGAAAAGUCAAUAAUGCAGUACAGUGGAACCAUCAUCACCUGCUCAGGGCCACCCAUAUGGUAAUAAACCUUUCUAAUGAUGGA